UAGCUAGUUUGACAAUAACCACAACAAUUAUUAAGGUAGUUGAUGAAACAUUGAUUGGGAUUGGGGUUGGCUCUGACAUGAGGUGAUGGGCAGAAAAAGAGGUGAUGUGGGACGGGUUCAGACAAGUUUUAUAUUUUUCCUUCUGCUCUCUUUCCUGCUAACAUGCUCCGUAGUGCACUGCGAGGAGGUUGAAUCAAAUCUUGACAACGAGGUACCUGCUUUGACUCACACUAAAAUUAAAGAUAAGUCAUUACAACCUACAGAACGACCUGUAGAAGACAACAAAGUUGAGCAGCAACAAGAAGAUGAUAAGAACAUCGGCGAUGAAUCUCAGAUUGUCCCCAAGACUGGUGACACGAAACUGGACCCCCAGGAUGCGGAUGGUUUGAAGCCAGAAACUGAGGGAGAUCCUGACAAAACUGCAAAAGAUAAGAGCACAGCUGAGCUUCUAGAUACGAAGACAGUUGUUAAUAAUCCAGAUGAGGUAGUUGAAGACCAGAAAAGCAAAGCCGAUGAGACCGAACAGAAAAGCAAAGCCGAUGAGACCGAACAGAAAGAUGAAGGAAAUGACCAAGAUUCAGAAACAAGUAAGGAGGCUGAAUCUAAGCCUGAGGCCGAGGAUAAGAAAGAUCCUGAGAAAGAAGGUGAUUCAGUUCCCAAGGAUGAUAGCAAACAUGAAAUAGUCCCCCAGGAUACUGCAAUCACAAACAAUACUUCCAUUGAUAGUAACACAAAGCAGAACACUUCUAAACCCGAUGAUAAGGAUACAGAUGAUACCCUCUAUACCGUAAACAUUCCCGACGUCACCUCCCCUUCCUUAGCUGAACAAUUACCAAAAGAUGAUCAAUCACAUAACGCUGAUAAUCGCCCCAAAAAAUAUUUCCCCACCCUUGUCCCUAAAGUCGUAAAUCCUGAAAGCGACUCAGACUUUUCCUUCUUCAGACUUUUUAUUUUAACUACAGUAGUUUUUGUCUUCUUGUAUGUUGGUUAUUAUUAUCGGCACAUAAUUAAACGGCAUUUCAAUAAGAACGGUAACGACAUUUACUAUCAACCACUUCGAACAAUGCAACAUAACGCUGUCGAUUGAAAGGUUUAAAAAAUCCCCAGUUUUCUUUCCAUUUUCCCUCUAUCAGAUUAUAGAGUAAAUGAAAUGAUUUAAAAAAAUCAAAAAGCUAUUGAAAAUGUAUUAUGGUUUUAGCAGACUUUGUAUUAUCGUUUUCUUUUUGCAGUAGACAAUCGACUGGAUAGGUGUGUAAAGUACGUGUUAACUGUUAAAUGGUUUUAGAGUUUAAAUAUGGUUCGAACUUGAUGUAUUUAAUUUUUUUCUCGGGCUUUGAGACUUUUUGUAAUUUUUGGUUUGAAAUAUACUCUAACUUUAUUUGAUUAAUAAUUGAUUGAUAAUUGAUUGAUAAUUACGUUUUGUGUAUUGUAUGUAUUUUUUCUGAAUUAAAAUGUUAAUAUUUCCUGUGUCUCAUGAUUGCGUAUAUAAUAUAAACAAUUUUGUUGCACCUCAUUCUUCUUUCCGCUUCAUAAAUGGCUGAAACCUUUUAACAUAACAAGAUGGUGACUAGCUACUAGGCAUUUUACAGCUACUUCACUGUUCACAUCUCCACACCUUCCUGUGUACAGAUCAGAUUGCCGGUAUCAUAUCCCCGUAACAUAAGAUAGAUCCCCCAAGAUGCCGUCAGACGAUGAGCUGAAUUUCAAUCUCAUCCGUAUAACACCUACUCCCCUGGACGUUAAGUGAGGCCUUGGAACACAUCACAAUACCAUCCUGUGGCGGCAUAUCAAUAUUCUGUGGAACAACCAGAGACACUUUUAAUGAUAAAACUGUGCUGUAUCUUGAGUACGAGGCGUACGAAGCAAUGGCGAUUAAAGAAAUUGAUCGCAUCUGUUUAGAGCUGGCGAAGUCGUAUGACGUGAGAAAAGUUUACGUCGCACAUAGGACUGGCCGAGUUGAUGUUUGUGAGACGAGUAUAAUUGUCGCUGCAUCAUCACCACAUCGUGCUGAUGCGAUAACUUUUGUGUCUGAAGCUGUUGAUAAGAUCAAGGAGAGGGCUCCUGUGUGGAAGAAGGAGUGGUAUGAAGACGGGUCGACUUGGAAAGAAAAUUGCAAAGGUUGUGCCAAUUCGGGUCCUGGUAAAUGAAACUAUGUGUAUGGUUAGAGGAUAUGAGCGAUGAUUUUCGCUGGUUGAUUUACCUUGCAGAUAUGAAUUUGCUCUGCGACACUCACACUGAGUAUGCUGAAGAAAUCUAGAAUAAACACCCUAUCAUCUGUGAAUAAACAUAUUGUUGUCUGUAAACCGUUUUUAUGAGCUAAAAUUCGAAAAAGAUAUAUUUUCAGAUAUUUUGUAA